UCUGCGCAUGCCCGUCAGGCCGAGCCCCUCCGAGGACAACCUGGAAAAGAACUUUGCUGAGGGUAAUGUUGCCAGCCCAUCCUCUCCAGGAUCCCUCAGUCAGAAACAGCUUGAUAGAUGAUGCUAAGGCCCGCUUAAAAAAGCAUGACGUUGGGACCAAAUUUUCUCACUUGUUGUCUAACAAAUGUUCCGUCCUUUUACCAUUGUUGGUUAAAGAAGGAAAAUUCCAUCUGUUAUUCACUCUCCGGUCAGAGAAGCUAAGAAGGUCCCCAGGAGAAGUUUGCUUCCCCGGAGGAAAAUUUGAACCUGCAGACGUGGAUGAAGUAGCCACGGCUCUCCGGGAAGCCCAGGAGGAAAUGGGGCUGUGUCCUCAUCAAGUGGAGGUUGUCUGCUGCCUGGUGCCACAUAUUUUUGAUAAAGAGAUAUUGAUAACCCCGGUUGUGGGAUUUAUAGACCAAGACUUCCAGGCCAAGCCUAAUCCUGAAGAAGUGAAGGAUGUGUUCCUUGUGCCGCUGGACUAUUUCCUGCAUCCACGUGUCUACCGCCAGAGCUACCUGACAUAUUCUGAUCACCGUCUUGUCCUUCAUUGCUUUGAGUACACAAACCCUGAAAAUGGCGUGACUUACCAGAUCAGGGGAAUGACUGCAAGAUUUGCAGUGUUUGUUGCUUUAAUUAUUUUAGAAAAAAGACCCACUUUUGAGGUUGAAUAUAAUCUCGACGAUCUAAUAUCAUCUUCUGAAGAGUCCUUACUGAAGCUAUAUAAACAUGUCACAAGCAAAUUAUGAUUUAUGAGACCCACAUCCAAGUAACUAUCCAAGGGGUUUUUUGUGUGUACUUGUGCACAGAAUAACAAUAAUGCCAGCUCUUGGAAUUUAACAGGUUUCUGCAAUAUGAAGAUAAAAACAUGGCCUUUUUACCAGUUGCCUUCUAUCAUCUGAAAGAGCAAAAGUCUUUUCAAAAGUGGAAAAAGUGUGUUUAUAGUGUUGCAUAAUUUCACCCACAACGUGUUAGUAUUUUUCUUACACAUGUAAGAAGUAGUACAGGGCGCAUGGAAGGCAAUUAAUAAAUAUUUGUUGAGUAUAUGA